AUGUCCCUGUAUGGGACAUAUCUUGGCUUCAUCCGCCUCACCAAAGCACUUGAAGCAUACCGCACAGCGAACCCCGACUCACCAGCAACUUUCACCCUCAAACUAGCUCCAUACCAACUCUACCCCGACGCCACUCAAGAAGGCGUCGACAAGUAUGAAUGGUACAAGAACGAAAAGUACCAAGGCAGUGAAGAGCGGAUGAAGAUGUACAUGGCCGCCAUGGAGGAUCUAGGUAAAGCUGAGAACAUCAAGUUUGACUUUGGAGGUGGCAUGCUAGCGAAUACCCUGCAUGCCCAUCGUGUAUUGCAGUAUUUGCAGAACAACAAAGAGCAGGGACUUCAGCUAGAGGUUUUGAAAUCGCUGUACACACAGUACUUUGAGCAGCGCGCUCAUCCGAGCAGUACUGAGACACUUAAGAAGGCGUGUGUAGCAGCUGGGAUGAGUCAAGAUGAAGUGGAGAAGUUGGUGGGAAACGGUGAUGAAGAGUUGAGGGAGACAAAGGCAGCGAUUCAAGAGCAGGCUGGGAACGGUGUGGAUAGUGUGCCGUAUGUUAUUUUCGAGGGGAGGAAGAGGGAUUUCACGCUGAUUGGGGCGAAGAGUGUGGCGGAGUAUGAGAAGGUGUUAGGGCAGGUUGCUAAGGAGUGUGCGUAA